GCUGCUUGGUUUCAUGGUCAUUGGCAUCCAAAUUAAAUUCCUCUAGAAUAAUUGUAUUCUAGCUAGGACCAUGUGGGAACAUUUGCAAGUUUGAGAGUUGAAUAUUAGCAAUUGAGAAAGGCGGGGGAAUAAGCACAAGGCAUUGCAUUUACAGCAGUCAGCAUGAUGACUGAAUCAGUGGCAUGUUACACACUGUAUUAUUUGUAGUGAAUUCAAGUAUAUGCAGACUGUAGUAAAAUAUUUUCUUGUUUGUUUUUAGGCAGCGUGAAGCAAUCCAUAUUACCAUGAAGACUAUGCCGUUACACUAUCUACUGUAUUCUCUCAUUUCACUAUCUACAUGCGGUCAAGCAACUUCUUUUACAGGGAACUACAAUCAUGAUGUCAUUCUUCCAUAUUCUUAUAAACCUGGUACUGAUUUUCAGAAACUUGUAGUCACCUGGCAGAGGAAGUUGAAAGGAAGUGAUUUGGUGGUACAUAGUUAUUACUACGGAAGGAAUCAGUUGGAGAGGCAGCAUGUUUCGUAUCUAAAUCGUACACAACUAUUUCUUGAAAAACUGCACUUGGGAAAUGCAUCCUUGAAACUUAAAAGGAUUCAGCUGGAUGAUGCAGGAGAGUAUAUCUGCUCUGUAAACACUGACACAGAAAGUUUUUAUAGUACUGUUGAGCUUCAUGUUGGAGCAACGUACGAAGAGCCUCAUCUUAUGGUUGGCAUGUUUACAUGUGGCAAAGAGAUGCAUAUUGUAUACCAAACAGGGGGUGGUUAUCCAGAAGCUGAAGUUGAGUGGCUGAUGGAUACCGGAAAGAAUAUUACGGAACUCAGUAAUACAACAUACUCCAAAAACAGUUAUGGACUUUAUGAUGUCACAAGUAAGCUGAGAUGGGCUGCUGUUAGCGCUAUAAACUGCACUUUUAUUAUGACAAACAAGAUGCUGAACCAAACAAUAGUGAGAUCUGUCACAAUCAGGCAAAAAGAAUGGCAAGAGGAAAACGUGAGACACUGCUACAGAAACUGGCUCUCCUAGCACAGAACAAGGGGUGUCCUCUGCACCCCAGUCAAGACAUUCUGAGACUGACAACUUCAAUGAUUUCUCCCUAGGCAGGAACAAAUUCCCUGACGAUGUAUCAAACAUUAUUAAGGAGGCUAGAAAAUAAUGCCUGAUGAAAUAGAAAAGAUCUUAUUUUAACAUUUUCUGUAUAAUUAUGCUUUAUUUUAUGUGCUACUAUUGUAUUAUAUACUGUACUUAUUGUGUUAACAUUUUAUCUGUAUGUAACUGUAUUUGGAGCUUUUCUCCCUGGGCCUCCACUGAAAAUGGGCUCUUCUCCGGCCCUGUGGACUUUCCCGGUAAACAAAUGCAAUAAAUAAAUAAAUAAUUCUCCUGGUGUCGAUCCAAGAACCUUGACCUCAGUACAAAUCUGGCUUAUCUUCACUUAGACAUGCUUCAGGUGUUUCAGUCUGCAUACCAGUGGAUUGCCUUCUUUAUUCUAGACCUUCUGUUGAAUGUUUUUUGAGAAGUGUUAGUCACCUUAGACCAUCAAAAAAAAAUAAAUGGCUCCACCAUGGGACUUGAAUUAUGUUCUACAGAAAGAAACUCUGUCUCCUUUCAAGCCUGCAGCUUAAUUCCUUAUUUAAGUCAUAUUCAUAAAAAAAACACUGUUUUGGUUGCAGUCACCUCUGCUAGGCAUACCUCAGAUCUACAAGCAUUAAUAUGCAAAGAGCAUUUCUUGGUUUUUCAUCAGGAUAGUAUACCAACCGCUCCUUUAUGCCUGAAGUAGUUACUGAAAUUAUCCUGAACUAGACCAUCCAGUUACUUGUUUUUUUUUUCCCUAAGCUGAACAGUACAGCAGAGAGAACGCUGCAUUCCCUGGAUGUGCACAAACAGCUGAGACUGUAUUUGCAUAGAACACAACAACUCAGAAAAACUGAUCAACUAGUUGUUUGCCUUGCAAAAGGAAAGGCAGAGAAACCUAUAAACAAGCAAUCCCUCUAUUAAGUGGUUAUGGGAAUAGUACUGCCUUUUCUUAGCAAUGUUAUGGUGCCAGAUCACAUUAGACCUCACUCUACUUCGGUUACAGCUGCCACCACAACCUUUCUCAGAGAAGUAUCAACUCAGGCAAUUUUGGAAGCAGCUACAUGGUUCUCUAGUGAACCAUCUUAAAGCACUGCAACCUAGGGGCAGCAUUUAGAACCAGAACAGGAUUUGCAUUUAUUAGCCUACAAGGGCUAAUUUCAAUUAAAUGUGCCUCCACUUCAUCUUUCCUUUAACUGCUUUAGAAAUCCUCCCAAAAAAUUAAGACUGCAACAGUGAAAAGUAUGAUGAACAUAGUACAGUUGUGUUAGGAGUGUAUCAGAAUUGUAGAUGUUCGAGUAGUUUCACUGUUCUAGUCCUUGUUCCCCUCUAACUUGCCCCCUUUUUUCCUGUGUUUAUUUUUCACAAGGUUGGGGUGGCAAUCACGUAUAUUUUCCCUUGGAACCAUGUGAGCUCCCCUGUUUUAAAAGCCCCUCCCUCUGGAGCCACUGAAUUGGAUAACUUCCAGUAGACCAGGCCAGUGCAGAGUCACCACUCUACUUCUAAGACUAGGAGGAUCCUCCUGAACCUUGUUCUGGCAAGGAAGAUCCAAAUACGGCACUGACUGACAUUCCGUUUAUAGUGCUGAUGUCCUGGUACUGGAAGAGCUUCGGAACACUGGCUCGAUGUGGGCUUCCUGCACAGCAGGGUGUCUCAAAAAGUGAAGAUUGCAACAGUGAAAUUACUCCAUCAUCUACAGUCAUGUUAAUUUCCUAAAACAAUUAAAAUUUACCCUGUGCAUAGAGACCAACUUCUCUCUGGUAGUCAGUGCUAGAGCUCUUCUUUUAUACACAACACAACUAAUUAGUAUUUUAACAACAGUCCAGCUUAAUCCUCUCAGCCUUCUACAUCAAAUACUUGUCUCUAUCCAACCUAUAACCAUAAACUUAAAAGAUUACUCACCUCUUAGUACCUCUUGCUGGAGUGCUUAAAACAUUUUUUUUCUAGUAGCCAAUAUAUGCCCUGUAUCCAUCGAUCAGCUUUCUUGUAGCAAUGGAAGAAGAAAUUGUGAUAGUAAACUGUUUAAAGAAGAAUCUAAAUGAAAGGCCUUAUUAGUUAUUCUGUUGCUCAUGGUCUGAAUUAAAAGUUUAGUAUUCAAUCUGUUUUAAAAGAUUUAAAAAUUGCAUGAGUGAAUUUUGCACAUCUUCAAAUUGUGAUUGUUUAUAAUUCAGCUUGGAUAGUCAGUACACAUGGAUGCAAAGAAUCUUUAGUCUAAUGAAAGGUAAUGGUAGUUAAAACUUUCAUUGUUAUUGUUUUAAUUAAUAAAUUUUCCUGCAUGGACAUGAUGUGCCAUUGUUUUUUGCCAGCUAAUCUGUGUGUAUAGAGUGCAUCUAUACAUGCUGUUAACCACUUUAUUUAUUCUUAGCUAACAAUUAUAACUUUUGAAUCAUUAAUGGUUCAAGUGGUUCAGAUGGUUAAGGCAGUGGCUGAAUAUACUCCACGAUAAUACAGAAAUUGUAUGGUUCAAUAAAUGUGUAAAUAUCAACUAGCACAAACUUAAUUGUCGUUUAUGUUCAUUAGUUUCCCCAUUAUGGGUUUACCAAGCUGUAAUCUGUUGCAGACCAGGAUUAUACUUUCACAGUUU